AUUAACAGUAAGGCAUGAGCGGAUUAACGGGACAUCGAUCGCCAACCUUGUCGGGACAGUCAGUGUUGUGAUGGCAGUGACUGCGACAGGAGGUGUGUCGACACGUCCUUGCCGCUUGGAAUGUAAGAGGGAUCUUACAUUUCAGAAGUGGGAUGCGACUCUGCUGCAGAAGGAAGUGGAAGGAGUUCAAAGAUGAUGCAGCCAUAAAGGAUAAGGUAGGCGAUUAGAAAAUAAAGAGAAAAGCGCGGAAUGAAUAAAAUGGCGCAAAGAGCGGAAAGUAGGAGCGGGAAACGGGAAAAUGGUAAAAAGGAAUGAGAUUUUUUGUUUAUCGGCAAUUAAGCGGUGGGUUUUAUAUUUACUAAAGAUUAAAGGAAAAUGUGAUGUCAAUAGAUUUAAAAUAAAAAAAUAAAUAGCUAAGAGGAAAAUAAAUUAAAGAAUUAUCUUGAGAAUGCAUGCCAUGAAGAAUGAUUCGAGAGGUGGUAUCGGGAAACGGGAAUUGCGCGAAUUCACUCGGGUGAGUUCGGGAUGAGUCGGUAUCGCAGAGUGAAAUGUCAAAUGAUUGUUGUUAUUGUGGAAUACAUGAAAGAAAACAAAAGCGGAACGCGAGUGAUUAACUAAAAUAGCAGUAAAAGGUGAGAAUUAUAAAGGAAGUAAAGUUAAAUCAGAGAGGAAAGUAAGUACACAGGAAAAAAAAAAUUAAAAAAUUCAUCCGAAUUAUUCGAGGAAUUUGGGAGAUAAAUUGGAAUGGAAAUUUUAGGUUAGAAUGGAUGAAAGAGGAAUCGAUUUGGAGGAAAGAGAGCUCCGGGAGUACGAUGAAGAAGCAAUGGGAGGAGAUGAACAGGGAGAAGUGAUUAAACACUACAGGCAAAAGAUCCGUGAAUUGGAAAAGGAGAAUGAAGCGCUCAAACGGAGUACAUCUUCAUCAAGUUCAAGGGAAGUGGGAACAUUCCGGCUGGCUGGUGGGGAAAUUAAAGAUUUGAUCCCGGCGUUCCGACCUGGGGAAGAUGAGACAACCACAGAAGAGUGGAUUGAGAAUCUAGAAUCCAUGCGGGAGAUCUACGAAUGGACCGAUCAACAAGUUCUGCUGUAUGCGUCAAUUCGGCUCAAAGGAGCCGCAAAGAAGUGGCAUUCAACCACAAAGACGAAAACGUGGGAUGAAUUCAAGCGGGAACUGAUGAAAGCUUUUACGGAGAAGAUUAAUGUAGGGAGGAUAAUUAAAGAGAUUAAAGGGAAAAAGAUAAAGCUGGAUGAUCCGACGAUCGCAAAGUACAUUAUAGCAGGACUGGGAGAUGAGAAAUUGAUCGGUAUGGUGGCCGGAGCUAACUACGACUCCCCACAGGAAUUGCUCCAGAAAAUCAAAGAUGCUGAGGAUAUUCGUAGAGCCAUGAGAAAACACGGAAUUGGCGAAUCAGGGGGGAAAGAAAAGGGAGAAAAAAACGAUGCACGGCCUGAACAAGAGAGCCAGGAUGGGAAUCAGGUGCAGAAAGUAUCUUGCUACAAUUGCGGGAAAGUUGGUCAGACAGCCAGAGAAUGCCAUGAAAGAGAAAACAAACAACGAGACAUGAAGGCAGAAAUCACGUGCUUCAAAUGCAACGAGAAAGGUCACAUAGCAAGAUUCUGUGGCAAAAAUGAGACAGACUCAAAGAUGAUCCAUAAGGGUAACAUGAGAAUAAUUGAAGUUGAGGAAAAAGAAAAUCCGAACUACAAGGAGGUGAAAAUUAACGAGAAAAAGCUCUGGGCUUACAUUGAUCAAGGGAGCGAUUGCACCACAAUGAGGAAAUCUGAUGUAGAAGCUCUGGGGGUGGAGAUUAAAUCGAGAACGACAACGCUGAGAGGAUUCGCAGGACAAUGCCAGACCGUGGGGCAAACGGAAGUAUGGGUUACGAUUGACGAGGUGCGAAGGCAAACAACUGUCCAUGUCGUUCCAGAUGAAGUUCAAGACAUUCCAGUGAUUGUCAGCCUUGAUAUUUUGGGAAAGGAAGACAUACGAGUCGUCAGGCAAGGCAAAACGUUGCAGAUAGAGGAUGUCCGGAAGGAUGCAAACGAGAAGACAAUUUGAAUUGAAGUGAGAGGGAAUAUUUAGUGUUUAACUCAGGAAAUGGGUGAACAUAAUAAGGGAGUGUAUCAGAGGUUCUAUAGGGUGAGUACAAAAGUGAUAUGUUGACACAGGUGAAUGACAAAGCAGGAUUGUUGUAAAGAAUCUGAAAGUAAGUUUUUUUAUCUGAGAAUUGUAGGGAAGUCUUAGAAUGGGGGUUCGCAUAGGGACGUUGAAUGUUUAAGUCAAGCGAAGAAGGAAGUAAUAAAAAAAAAAUUGAGUCGAAUGAAGAAGGGAAGAAUAGAGAACUUCAUGCUGAAACACCCUUGGUUGAGUCCGAGACGUGUCCAGAAAGUUGAAGUCACUAGAGAAAUGCAAGCGAGGAAAAAUUAGAGUUAGGCAAAGUAGAGAUUGCGAGAAAGCUUCAUGCUGGAACACCCUUGGUUAAUUUCAAGACGUGUCCAGAAGAAGUCGAAGUCAAUAAGAGAGAAACAAAAGAAAUGAGAGUUGGUUGAAGCAGAGAUUGCGAGAAAGCUUCAUGCUGGAACACCCUUGGUUCAGUUCAAGACGUGUCCAGAUGAAGUAGAAGGCAAGGAAGAGAGAAGCAAAAGAAAAUGAGAGUUGGUUGAAGUAGAUAUUGCGAGAAAGCUUCAUGCUGGAACACCCUUGGUUCAGUUCAAGACGUGUCCAGAUGAAGUAGAAGGCAA